CACUACCCCCUCUCAGCUACUCCCUCCUCUCAGGCCGUGGCCGCGGUGGAGGGCAGUGCCGAGGCUCUCUGGGUGAGGAGGGGACGCUGCACCCUGUAGCACCCAGAUUGAAGUAUUCCGUAUUUUCAUACCCUAUACCUUUUAAAAGUAACAUAAAACUUUUUUUUUAGUGUUAGGUACUCUGAAGUUAGUGUAGCUGCCCAAAGCCACGAUAGAAGCUGUGUUUUCUGCACAAAAUCAGCCACUUUGCACUAAUGUUUGAUGCCUGUAGUGGGAAUGAUCUAUGCCCAUAGCAGCACUGAUACGAGAAGUAGUUACUAUUACAAAAAGUGGAAUAUGUUAUUAUGUAAAUUGGAAUUGUUUUGAUUUAAGCUAAAGUUUCGUCUAAAUAAUUGUAUUUUUUUGAAAGUUAUACAGAAGGUCCUUCCAAUAACAUGUUUUCUUUAAAACAGUGUUUUUCCAGACACUGUUUAUUCUUUGACAAUAAUGCCUUGUGUUCAAUAAUGUUCUUGUGCUGAACAGAUGUCUCUUCUUCUGUAUUCACCUCUGUUUGCAGUGCGUCUCUAUCUCAAAGGCAAGGUCAAGCAGAGAGCCGGAGCCAGCUCCAAAUUAGCAAGAGUUUUGACUGUUGUGAAGUUCACAAUAGCAUUAAAAUUAGUCCCUGGGAAGUAAUAGAAUAUGCAUUAGAUUUCUGGGAAAAUCUAUACAUAUGCAUAUAAGUGGGAAAUAUAUUCUGACCCCAGCUUUUGUCUCGCUGCACACGAUUGGUGGAGAUCGCUCCCUCACGUUGCUCGGGCUUGAUAAAGGGUGCUUGUUUUCCCAAACGAGUCUUAGAGAGUUUAUUUGCCAGCAUUUUCAGUAUCAGCACCAUCAACUUAGAACAGUCAUUAUGUCUAAUUACAUGCCUCUUGCCAUGGGGCUGCAAUGGACAUUUCUGUGGUCAAACCAGAAAUCUCAGCAGAGAUUACCAGUUACACUGGCACUUUUUGAGACAUAAUGUGCGAGAUAAAUGUUUGGUAUUCGGAGAAACAUGGCAUACUGCUGUUGACCCGCUCCAUCUGCCAGCGUACCAAUUUAAUUAGUUCUUUCAACUAACAUGACAAAAAUCAAAAUAUAUUACUUAUUUUUUAUAAGUAAAAAACUACCUACUUGCAAUAGUUUUGUAACUACAGCCUCUCCCCAAGUUGUUCCAGGUGAAGUGAUGAAAACAAAGGAAGAAAAGGUAACGGAACAGCAUGGUACCCAGCAGGGCCCACCAUCCCAAGCCACCUGGAAAUGGCUGUGGAUACACUGGGAAAGGAUGAAUGUGUGUUCUCCUAGGAGAUAAGGAACACAUGGGGCUGGACACAGUGUUAAACUUAGAGGGGUUUCACGGUAAUUUGUCAUUUCUUGGUUUUGGUGCUAGCUAGCUGUUGUGUCUGAAGUUUAUACUGAAUGCUUGCAGUGAGUGGGUUUUUAGAUGAAUUAAUUCUGCAUCACUUUGAGGGUUUGCUGGGUCAGCAGUGAAGGGCAGCAGGGUAAAAUGUUUAGUCUAAGCUGGUAGUACAUUUUGAAUCGUGCAGUGCUUUAAAAUGUUUUACUAUCACUUUCUUUUUAAAGUUAUGUGAUACAGGGGCUUGUCACUUUAGAAAUCCAGUCUACGUCCCUUUUUUAUUAUUAUUGUAAAGAACCUUCUCUUUGGGUCAGAGGAAAAAAACUUUCUGAAGUAGGGGCCACCUGUUUCGCUGUAUUAGUGGUAGUUAACUAAGAGGCUGUCUGAAACAACAACUGGCUCAGAUGAGCGUUAUGUUGUCAGCCCCUGUGUUGGCUUCCUCCUUUCGUGUUUACUUGCCGUCUGACUCACAGACAAUGUGCACAUUGAAGUUGUGAUGUGCAUCAUCCUUGUGUCUCAUAAUAGCUGUCUGCAAUACAUGGCGUCCAGAGGAAAUUGUAGCAGGGUGAGCAACCCGGAACAACAGCAGAGAGAGCUGCCACCUCCAGCUGGAGUGAGGUGGUGAGGGAACAGAAAUUACCUCUCUGUAUCUGCUGCAGAGGUUCAGAUCACACUUCUCUCUUUACUGAGACCUUUUCUUUUCCAUGCAGCAAAAAAAGCUGUUGCUCAGCUGGUAAUAGUAGUGCUAACAUAGGUGUUAUUGGUAUAUUAUUAGGUAGAGUUAGCGCUCUAAGCUGUUAUCAUUUGCUGGGUUUGGAUAGUUGCCUUCCUAAUGGAUUCUUAGAGCUUCGGGAAGGUACAGAAUCAUGGAAUGGUUGAGGUUGGCAGGGAUCCUUGGAGGUCCAGCCCCUUUGCCCUUUGUAGGGCUACCUCGGGCUGGUAGUGCAGAACCAUGUCCAGACAGAUUUUAAGUACUUCCAAAGAGGGAGACUCCACAGCAAUUUUAAUUGCUAUUUGCAAUUAAGAUACCGUGUUCUGAAGGAUUGUGUAACUCAUGCUAGGAUCUAAGCACAAGAUCAAAAAACUUUGUUUAGCUUAAAAUUUUAUCUUGUUUUAAGAAAAUUCUGUUGGUUUGGGUUUUUUAAGUUGGUAAGUAACAUAAGUCCCAAAGUUGGAAAUAGUAGUUUUAGAAAGUUGUCUCUUUCUGAUGUUGUUCCUUUUCGCCUUUCGCCUUGUCUGGAGUUAUUCUGGUAACACUGCAAGACAAACAGAAAAGUCUGUCUAAGCUGUAAUGGAUGCGCAAGAUGCUGUUGACACCAAAUUUUACUUUAAAUUGCUAAUUCACCUCUGCAGCUGUAUAAGAGACUGUUUGUUCUGUUCUUGGGUAUUGUAAAGCUUGUUCUGAAUCAACUUUCAAAAAUGUUGUACUAGAAUGACCUCAGCUUUGUGCGCUCAGUGUGCUAUUUCGAGUAUAUUUUCAUGUGUUAUGAUGCUGCUGGGCAACUAAUGUUUUUGACAAGGUUCUUACAUUCAUGUCUCUUCUCUGCUAUUAGCAGCACAUGGUAACUCUGUCAGCUUCUGGCCAUCCCAAUAAUGAAAACAGAAGCUAAGGAUGGAGAAGAGGAAAGCCUACAGACAGCAUUCAAAAAGCUAAGAGUGGCCACUGCUGGAUCUGCUUCUCUCUCUGUGGGUGAAGACACAAGUCCUAGAGCACCAGUUAGAACAGUGGCAGAUGAAACCAAAGCUAAGAACGUGUGUGCUUCUAAGGAAACCUGGCAUGGGUCUAUGAAGAAAUCUUCAAGAGGAGUUGUGAGAACCCAGCGUUGCAGGCGUUCCAAGUCUCCGAUUCUUCAUCCUCCAAAGUUUAUCCAUUGCAGCACAAAAACACAUUCCGUGUGCAACCAGCUAGCGCACAAGAGCCAGAUCAAUGCCUCAGAAGACAGCACCGAGUUUGGGAUGCCAGUCCCAAAGGAAGAUUGUGCACACGAACGGUGCAGUAUUGCUCCUGACAUUGGCCAGAAGGAAGCUGGUGUUGAGUCUUUGGGAGCUCCUGUUACGCAGUCGGCAUCAGAGAACAAACAGAACUCUCCAGCUGCUGUUUCUCUUGUAUCCAAAGCAAGCCUAAAGGCUUGGGAGCUUUCUGACUUUCAAUCUGUGUCCAAGCUGAACGCGAAUAAGUCAUGUGCCUGUGCAGAUAAAGCCUGUCAGUGUAAACGAUGGCAAGAUAUGGAAGUAUACAAAUUCUCUGGCUUGCAGAACACCCUUCUGAUGGCACCUGAUAGAAGAACAGUUCCUGAGGAUCACUCCCAGUCCUUGCCAUCAAGAACUCCCUUAAGUUCUCCACGUUCUUGCUCUGAGCAAGCCAGGGCCUUUGUGGACGAUGUGACUAUUGAAGAUCUUUCAGGAUACAUGGAAUAUUACUUGUGUAUUCCAAAGAAAAUGUCUCGCAUGGCAGAAAUGAUGUACACCUGACAGCAUUGAGCACUUAAAACAGAAGGGUGGGUGAUUUAAAUCUGCCCUCCGUCACACUCAUAUGAGAUCCAACCCAAUGCCUGUUCACUGUGCUUGCAAUAAAAACACUGCUUUGCAUCUUA